AUGGGUGGCCAAAAGUUUGAGUAUGACGAGAGUGGGUCUACAUUCUUUUAUUUUGUACUCUCUUUUCUUGCUUUAAUACUUGUGCCAGCAACAUUUUACUACUGGCCAAGAAAACGAAAAGAAGAUCCUGCAAAGAUAGCAGAACGCUGUCAAUGUCCAAAUUGUAUAAAAAAGCAACAAAUUAUUGAACAAUCACAGCCAUAUAAAAGCCUUAAAAAUCUUUUUACUAAAUUAGCUAUAAUCUCAGGAUGGGUGCUUCUUGGUUUCUUAGCAUAUAAAGUGUCACAAUUUGAUUAUGAAAUGUCCAAUUUUGAUCCUUACGAUAUACUUGGACUUCCUCCUGGUGCAACACAAGCUGAAAUUAAAAGGUCUUACCGAAAGCAGUCUUUAAUUCUUCAUCCUGAUAAAGAGACUGGUGAUGAAAAAGCUUUUAUGAGACUCACCAAAGCAUACCAAGCUUUAACAGAUGAUGAAGCGCGUAGAAAUUGGGAAAAGUAUGGUAACCCUGAUGGCCCUGGAGCAAUGAGCUUUGGCAUAGCAUUGCCCAGCUGGAUUGUUGAAAAAGAAAAUAGUGUAUGGGUACUUGGUUUAUAUGGACUUGUGUUUAUGGUUGCACUACCUACAGCUGUUGGUACAUGGUGGUACCGCUCUAUUCGUUUCUCAGGAGAGCAGGUCUUAUUAAAUACAACACAGGCAUACUUUUACUUUUGCCAUAAAACUCCUUCCAUGCCUCUAAAAAGAGCUCUCAUGAUUCUUGCUGCAUCAUGUGAAUUUGAUCGCAGACAUAACUCUGAAGUUAUUGAGAGGAUAACAGAUAAUGAGGAAGUUCCUGCGCUUUUACGGGAGUUACCAAAUCUUGGCGAGAAAAACAAGGAGCAACCACUUUGUCGGCCAUACAGUAUAAAAGCGCGAGCUCUAUUGCACGCACAUUUAUCGCGUAUGCGUCUGCCUCCAGAUACCCUUGAGGUUGAUCGACGAUAUGUUGUGUCAAGGUGCCCUGACCUUAUAGUUGAGAUGGUUAACUGUGUUAAUCAGCUUAUUGCACUAGCCUACGCUAGAAGAAUUCCUCGCUUACCCACUAUAGAAACAAUAGAGAAUUGCAUGAAACUGUCGCCAAUGAUAGUUCAAGCCCUCUGGGAAUAUAAAUCUCCAUUACUUCAACUACCAUAUAUAACAGAAGAUCAUUUGAAAUAUUUCACAAAUCGAAAGAAACAUAUAAAAUCACUACUUCAAUUAGCACAGCUGUCAGGUGAAGAGAGAAGACAAGUACUUAGGUUUCUGAAUGAUACUCAAUAUGAAGAUGUCAUGAAAGUUUUAGGAAAUAUGCCUUAUAUACAUUUCCAAGUGAACACUGAAGUAAUUGAUGAUGAAAACUCUACAGUGGUGACAGCAGGCGCAAUAGUUACUGUAACUGUGUCCCUCAGGAGGACCAACAUGAAGGAACUUUUCGGCGAUACAACAAUCAAAGAAAAGGAGGUUAUAAAGGAGGACGAAGAAGGGGGCGGCGUCGAGAACGGCGACAAGGCCGAGAACGACAAGAGCGAAAAGAACGACAAGAAGGACACGUUCAAACGGCCCGUCUGGAUGAAACAGCAGGCCAAGAAGCAUGCGCCUGCGAAGAAAACGAAGAAGCCGGCAGCGGCCAAGCAGCCUGCCAAGGCGGCACCCGCGCCCGCCACCCCCGCCACCCCCGCCACCACUCCCGUCGCCAACGACGCCAAGAAAACUAGGGAGCCAAAGAAGAAGGACGAAGAAGGCGAGGAGUCCUCGGCGGGCAGCUCGGACGAGUCCGGCUCGCGGAGCUCGUGCUCGGAGGACGAGUCGCGCGGCAAGUCCUCCGCGGCGGAGGACGACGACCAGUGGGAGCGCUUCCAGAAGCGGAUACUGAAACGCGAGCGGCUCGAGGGCCGCUCCAAGAGCUCGCGCCCCGUCCACUGCCCCUACUUCCCGCAGGAGAAGCAAGAAUACUGGUGGUGCUACAUCUGUGACCGCAAGUCGCGUACGCUAUUGACGGCGCCCGCGCAUAUAACUGCGUUAGCGGAGUCCCACGAGCUGCAGCUGCGUUUCACGGCGCCGCGCUGGCCCGGCCUCUACACGCUCGCGUGCUGCCUCCGCUCGGACUCAUACAUCGGCAUGGAUCAGCAACAGGAUAUGAAGCUGGACGUGAAGGAGGCGGCCGCUGUGCCUGCCGACCAUCCACAGUGGGAGCUCAGCGACUCGGAUACGGACAACAAUGACCAGGGCGGCAACGAGAGCGAGUUCACGACAGACGAUGAGGUGGAGGAGGAG